AUGAACAUAGGCUUCGCUCCCUAUGGUGGUUACUGGAGGCAACUGCGAAAAAUUUUCAUAUUGGAGCUCUUAAGUGCAAAGCGCGUUCAAUCAUAUAAAUCAAUCAGAGAGGAGGAGGUACGGAAUCUCAUUGAAUCCAUAUCGUCAUCCCCAGGAGUUCCCAUCAAUUUCAGUAAGAAGAUCUUCUCAUUGACAAGUACCAUAACUUCCAGGGCAACAUUUGGUAAGAAGUGCAAAGACCAAGAUGAAUUCAUUACAGUGAUGGGGGAGACGAUUAAAUUGGCAGGAGGUUUUGGCGUCCCUGAUAUCUUCCCUUCACUCAAGUUUCUUCAUUCAAUCAGUGCGGUGAAGCCAGCACUGGAAAGAAUACACCAAAGAGUCGACACGAUUCUUGACGAUAUUGUCAACGAGCACAAAACAAAAAAGAAAGCCACGGUUAUCAACAGUGACAAAUCAAGCCAGCAGGAAGAUCUAGUUGAUGUGCUUCUGAGAGUUCAGGACAGUGGUGACCUUGAGUUUCCUAUCACAGCCAACAACCUCAAAGCCGUCAUUCUGGUAUGUCUUGAAGAUAUUCACUGUUUUGAAGAAAAUGACGACAUAUUAGGUUAA